AUGGACUAUGAAGAGGAUGAUGAUAUUUUCUUUGCAAAAUGGAUGAGCAGUUUCUGGGGACAUAUUGUGACAGAUGAACAUGAAAAAGAUAGAGCAUACAGGAAACAGCAGACAAGAUCAUUUGGUGAAAGGAGAGCCUCCCUUCUGGGCAAACUUUCUUCCAUCCGUAUGACAAGAGUUCAUGGUUCUACCAAGAUGCUAUCAUCAGGCCACCUAAAGGGUUGCAAAGAAUUGCAAGAAGAACAAGAUACAAAAUGACAUUGUCAUAUGAAAGCAUGCAAAAAAACUUCAAAUGGUAAUGCUUCCCAGGGAACAAGUGGACCAAACAGCAGAUCAAACUCCAUACAGCAAUUUUCAGAAUCCUUUGAGAGGCAACUGCAUUUCAAAAACAAGCGCUCAAUUUCUUUGGAACCUGAAUGGAUGAAAGAGAGAAGAGAAAGAGAAAAACUGCAUGUUCCCAAGAGUAGAUCUCAUAAGAAAACAGGAAAAAAGAAAGAACCAAAGAAACAGCAAGGAGAACUCAAGGUGGAAUUUGCAGCAGGAAAACAUAGUUAAUAAUUCCUGUGACACUCAAGAAUAAGAAGGAAAUAUGUUUGUAUGAAUUAGGAUAGAUUGACUUUUUUAAAAUUCAAGGUAUAAAAUAGAUUCUGACCUUAAUUUUAAUCUCUAAAAUUGCAAGUAUUAAUUAAAGUA